GGGAGCCGCCGGUGAGCACCGGGGACGGCGCCGGAGGAGCUGCCCGCCAUGGAACCCAACGGGCCCCGUAAGAUCCAAUUCACCGUACCGCUGCUGGAGCCGCACCUCGACCCGGAGGCGGCGGAGCAGAUCCGCCGACGCCGACCGACGCCCGCCAGCCUGGUGCUGAGCAGCGACCAAUCGUCCCCAGAGAUCGAUGAGGACCGACUCCCCAACGCCCUGCUGAAGUCGGGUCUGGCCAUGUCGCCCCGGCAGAAGAAGAAGGUUUACUGCACCACCCCCACCGUGAAAGAGCUGCAGAUGAUGGUGGAGCACCACCUGUGCAAGCAGGCGCGGGGCGAGGAGGACGAGGAGGCGGCCGUUGGAGCCCCGGAGCGCAGCCCGGGCUGCUGCCACCACGGCGACGCCGAGCACAGCCACAGCCCCGGGGGCGGCUGCCCGCUGGCCCAGGCUCAGCCCGCACCGCACGGCGGCCCCGCUGACAGGACCCGCGGGGAUGAGCGGCAAAGUGUGGGUGAGGAGAGCGCCCAUAUAGCACCGGGGGGAAAGGGUGCUGCCGGCGGCGUGUAGGUGCCGCUGUCCCCAUUGGAGCCGAAGCGCCGCGUGGCUUUUUUUCUACCAAUCAUUUUCUAUGAUUCCGACGGCGUUCGCGACGGAUUUUUUUUAUCUCCCCCCCCCCAACCCCCCCCCAAACCCCCCCUCCCCACCCCCCCCUUCCGCUAUGGGGACAGAACCCCCCCUCUGUGUCCCCAAUGCCACAACAGGGUGACCCCAGGACCCCCCCCGGCGCCCCCCGCGCUCCAUUCUGAGGGCGCAGCUCCUCGGCUUGGGGGUGGCACACAGCUGUGCACGUGGGUUUGUGCACAUGCAUUUGCACACCCACCCUCCUGCACACACACACACACACACACACACACACACGUGUGUGCAACGCACCCACGCCCCUUGCACACGCGCUUUGCAUGCGCACCGCCGCGCGGGCACAUGUGAACACGUGAACACACAGGAACACGCGUGAACCCACGGGAACCCACGGGAACACGCGUGAACCCACGUGCACACGCGUGUGCAUGCAGUGCUGAGCACACCCACACCGCUAUUAAACGGAUCCUUUCCGCA